UUUUCUUGCACCGCUGCUGCAAGCACAGGUGAUUCGAAUCCUCAUAUAUAGUCAUAUAAACUAAGAUGUCCGUGACAACCACACGGUCAAACACAGGCGAAUCUGCGUGCAGGCGCACGCGCACGCUUCUUUGUCUCCGUCCAAAUGGCACAUACAUACCUUGGUCACCAAUUUACCCAAGGGCAGCUUCAAACCGCGUACAGCACCGGCGGGACGGUGCCACAGCUCGCUCUGAAAGUCUGAAUCACCUGCGAAAACUUGAUAGCUUCUUCCGUCUGUUCAAAGCCAUGAACACCACGGGCAUUGUUAGCAGCGCCAGCGGUGUCAUUUUCGGCCGGAGGAGCCACUGCAAGGUGAAGGCGUCGGCCAGCGCCUGCAGCAGCAGGACCCGGGACUACUACAAGGUGCUGUCGCUGGAGCGGUCGGCGGGCGUGGGCGAGGAGGAAGUGAAGCGCGCGUACCGGCGGCUGGCGCUGCAGUACCACCCGGACGUGUGCCCGCCGGCGCGCCGGGCCGAGUCCACGGAGCUCUUCGUCGAGCUCCGGCGCGCCUACGAGACGCUCUCCGACCCGGCCACGAGGGUACGGUACGAUGCCGAGUUGAGGACGGGCCAGCGGGCGGCGGAUGAGUUCACCAGAGACGUGUGGGAGGCGCAGCUGUGCGUGCUCCGGGCGCGCUCCGAACAGCGGCAGAAGGGCAGAAGGUGCAGCAGCGGCCACCGGUUCUAGGCGAUGCCGCCUGGUUUGGUGUUCGAGCGGACGCAGCUCAACUGUGUUUUCUUUGUGUUGACCUGAUUGAUUCUUUAACCGUAGAUUAUGUAUACCGAUGGACUCGGGGCAUCUGUUUUUAUUGGGGUGUGUUUGAGUUGUGUAAUCUGUAGAAUGGAGAUUCAAGUAACUUGAUUGGUUGA